AUGGCCGCCGAUAGAACCAACGUCUCCAGCGAUCUCGUCUGGCAGAUUACCCGCAACCAGAAUGCUUUCCUGGUCAAGCGUAACAGCGGCGGUGGUUCUCAGUUCUCCCGCGACCCUCUGAACCUGCAGAACAAGCAAUCUUUCAAGUACGCUGGCUAUGCCACCAACAAGGCCAUUGGUGUCCAGGCCACCGAGAACGGCGGCGUCGUCGUCCUUACCAAGAAGUCCAACCCCCAGCAGCCCGCGAAGAACAUCGUCACCGUGAGCUACGGUCCCAGCGCCUCUACCCGCAAGAUCUACAAGGGUGUUGCCGCCAAGACCGCUAAGAAUGGCUACCGUGCUGAUCUCCGUGAGGUCGCUGUCGCCCGUGUGAGCGCUAUCCGCCGCUCUCAGAAGCCCAAGAAGGAGUCUCGUCCCCAGAAGCUUCGUGGCGCCCAGGCUAAGAAGGCCGCAGAGAAGGACCAGGAGUAA